GUCCGUGCAUCCAGAAAAAUAUUUGUGAGGUCGAAGGUCGUGGAUGUUGGACCUGAAAGAAGAUGUCCAAAAUAUGUUCUGGUGUGGCAGCUGUUGAUAGUGACCACAGGAUGCAGAGACGACAGACUCAGUGCAGGAUCCCUCCCGAUUGUGCACUGGUGGGCGUGUGACGUCACCAACGUCUCCCCCAUCCACUCCUCCUGCUCCUCUGUGGAUGUGACCAAUCAUGAUGCAGCGACAUGCAGUCACGUGCUCAUCACCCCCCGGUUUGGUAGCCAUGACAACGAGCGCCGGUCCAGACAGCAUCUCACUGUGGUGAGGAGAGAAGAAGGCGAGACCAAGAGAUUUAAAAAAAAAAAAAACGGAUACAAUCCAAGCAAGAGGAAUUUCUUGGAUCUUCUUCCUGUUUUCCCCUCACAACGAAUGAAAAUGCCUGAGGCAGGGAGUUAGAAUCCUCCACCGAAGAGAGGAACAGACAGCGUCAUCCAGGGCUGGGGUUAGACUCAGGGACCCCUGUAAGGGGGGGAAGGUGGAGGGCCCUAUCAACCUGGUGUGAGUCUGGACCAUGGGUGAUGGAGGUGUCGGUGCAACUGGAGGAGAAGGGGUCAACCGAUCCCAUGUCUUGUUUGACAACUUUGUCCAGGCGACCACAUGCAAGGGCACGCUCAAGGCCUUCCAUGAGCUGUGUGAGCAUCUGGAAGUCAGGCCCACUGAUCAGAGGGUUUUUUACCACAAGCUCAAAUCCAAACUCAACUACUGGAAGGCCAAAGCUCUUUGGGCCAAGUUAGACAAGAGGGCCAGCCAAAAGGAGUACAAGAAGGGCCGUGCCUGUACCAACUCUAAGUGUCUGAUCAUUGGCGCUGGGCCAUGUGGCUUGAGAACAGCCAUCGAGCUUGCCUUCCUGGGGGCCAAAGUGGUGCUGUUGGAGAAGAGGGACGCUUUCUCCAGGAACAACGUGUUGCACCUUUGGCCAUUCACCAUUCAGGACCUCAGAGGCCUUGGGGCCAAGAAGUUCCAUGGGAAGUUCUGCGCUGGUGCCAUUGAUCAUAUCAGUAUUCGUCAGCUUCAGCUAAUGUUGCUCAAAGUUGCUCUCCUCGUGGGAAUUGAAAUCCAUGUUAAUGUGGAAUUCAAGGGUUUAAUUGAACCUCCUGCAGAUCAGGAGAGUGAAAGAAUAGGCUGGAGGGCCGAGGUUCACCCUAGGACACACCCAGUCAAUGAGCUGGAGUUUGACGUCAUCAUAGGAGCAGACGGAAGGAGAAACACACUACCAGGGUUUCGACGCAAGGAGUUUCGUGGAAAGCUUGCUAUCGCCAUCACAGCAAACUUCAUUAACAGGAACACGUCAGCGGAGGCAAAAGUUGAAGAGAUCAGCGGCGUCGCCUUCAUAUUUAAUCAGAAGUUCUUUCAAGACCUCAGAGAAGCAACAGGUAUUGACCUGGAAAACAUUGUCUACUAUAAGGAUGACACACACUACUUUGUGAUGACUGCCAAGAAACAAAGCCUGCUAGAGAAAGGAGUCAUUCUGCAUGACUAUGCAGACACAGAGCUGCUGCUGUCGCGAGCGAAUGUGGACCAGGUCGCUCUUUUGUCUUACGCCCGCGAAGCUGCAGAUUUCUCAACAAACCACCAGCUGCCCUCACUCGAUUUUGCCAUUAACCACUACGGCCAGCCUGAUGUCGCCAUGUUUGACUUUACUUGCAUGUAUGCAUCGGAGAACGCCGCCAUGGUUCGUCAGCGCAAUGACCACAAACUACUGGUGGCGCUUGUGGGAGACAGCUUAUUAGAGCCUUUUUGGCCCAUGGGUACUGGCAUUGCCCGUGGUUUCCUGGCAGCCAUGGACUCAGGAUGGAUGGUGAAGAGCUGGGCUCAGGGAAAAAUGCCGUUAGAGGUUCUGGCUGAGAGGGAGAGUAUUUAUCGUCUACUGCCCCAGACGACGCCAGAAAAUGUCAGCAAGAACUUCAGUCAGUACAGCGUGGAUCCUACCACACGUUACCCCAACGUUAGCCUUAACUUCCUCAAACCCAGCCAGGUACGGCACUUGAUCGACACGGGAGAAUCCAGAGAGCUGCGCAUUGAAAUAGAAAAUGUGAUCAACUCAUCGACACCAAAGUUGGCCAGGAAUGACUUUUGCCUGCUUGACAAGCAGUUGCAAGAAUCCAUAGCUCGAUCCAGUAAACUUCUUAACUGGUGUCAGAGGCAAACAGAAGGAUAUCGAAAUGUUUGCGUAAAGGACCUCACUAUGUCAUGGAAGAGUGGUCUGGCCCUGUGUGCGCUCAUUCACCGAUACAGGCCAGAUUUUAUUGAUUUUGAUUCCCUGGAUGAACGAGACCAAGAAAAGAACAACCAGUUGGGUUUUGACGUGGCAGAGAGGGAAUUUGGCAUCUCACCCUGCAUGACUGGCAAAGAGAUGUCUACUGUUGUGGAGCCUGACAAACUUUCUAUGGUCAUGUACCUUAGCCAGUUCUAUGAGAUGUUUAAGGACACAGUGCCACCUGGAGAUAAUCAAAAUCUGAGUCCAGAGGAGAAGGCUGUACUAAUGGCAAGCACUAAAUCACCCAUCUCCUUCUUUAGCAAGCUUGGUCAGAGCAUUGCAAUCUCAAGGAAACGUAACCCCAAGGACAAAAAAGAGAAGGACAUGGACGGUUUGGGGAAGAGAAGGAAAACCAGCCAGUCUGAAGACGAGGAAGUAUCCAAGGCUGCUCGUGAAGACAGACAGGCCAAUGUACCAGCUCUAUUGGCAGAGAGGAAAAUGGAUUCUGCUGCUGUAGGGAACAACAAUAAAGUCAAGGUCAUGGCUACCCAGCUGCUUGCCAAGUUUGAGGAGAAUGCGCCCGCUCACGCCUCAGGACUUAUAAGACAGGGGGAUUCUCUGCCCAAUCUGGACUGCUUUUUGCCCCAGUCCCCGCCCAAACCCCUUGAGCCAGUGCGCCUGGCACCUGUCCCAGCUUGGAGAAAGAGACGCACACAGCAGCAGGAGCAGCUGAGCAUUCGAUACAAAGAAAAGAUCAAGUGUCAGACCCUGCCCAACAGAGGGGAGCAGGCAAGAAGUGGUCCCGACCAAGCGUACAGCUCGGGCUCUCGGAGCUGCCCAAAGAAAACCAUUUUGCUUCUUUCCUCUUCCUCCUCCACUUCCUCGCUUUCUCUUCACACUGAGCAUUUUAGUGUUACUCCAGAAGAAGAGGAGCUUGAAUACUACGAGAAGCCUGUGAAUUAUGGGGACUGGAAGCCCUUGCAACUGAAUGACCCAGGACCUAUUCAUGUACCUGGUAUACAGGAGAGGGCUGACCGCCUUUUCUCCAAGUUUAAGGGCAAAGCUGACAUGCCACCAAAGCCUAAGAAAAAGCCAUCCCGUUUCUUUUUAGAGCAGUGGUACUUGUCACGAGGCCUCGUUGAGCAUCCGAAUUCAGGCCAUUCCUCUUGUAGAAAGAAACCAGUGAAGUCUUUGCGUUCGUCUGACCCAGUGCCCUUAUAUGUGCUUAGUAUUGAGGAGAGGGCUGAGCAACUUGCCUCUCAGUUGGAGGGCAAGUCAACCGGAUUAAAGCCUAAGAAAAAACCUUCACGUUUUUUCAUGGAACAGUGGCACCUGGCUCGAGCCCAAAGUUCCCCUGAUUCCACUCCUUCUUCUGACACCUCAAGACAGCGCUAUAUACGGAUGUACACGGGGGGUGUUAGCUCAUUGGCUGAGCAGAUAGCCAGUCAGCUUCAGUCUCAGGAAGAGUCCAAACCAUUGCCUGAGAAACGAGAUUUGGGAUCCCUCAGAAAAGAGUUUCCCGUCAACAUCGGCGGCAGCGACGUUUGCUUUUUCUGUCGCAAGAGAGUGUACGUGAUGGAGAGGCUGAGUGCAGAAGGGAAAUUCUUCCAUCGCAGCUGUUUCAAGUGCGACUAUUGUGGCACCACGCUCCGACUGUCCUCCUAUGCUUUCGACAUUGAAGAUGGAAAGUUUUACUGCAAGCCGCACUACUGUUACCGACUGUCUGGCUAUGCUCAAAGAAAGAGGCCUGCGCCUUCGGCCUCCCCAACUCCAACCACCAAGGAGAACCAAGAGCCCAUUACUCCUUCGUUGAUGGUAGAUGCCCCUGGAAGGGCGAUGGCCGCAGCAUCCCCCUCAGCUGAACUCCGGCCCUCAGUGCCGGAGGUCAAUGGCCUGCAGGAGCCAAGUUUGGCGAAGCGGCUUCGCGCCACACCGGAGCGCAUUGAGCUGGAGAACUACCGACUGUCUAUGCAGAGGGAGGAGGAGUUGGAGGAGGUGCCAGAGGAGACGCUGGCAGAACAUAACCUCAGCAGUGUUCUGGAUAAAGCCACAGAUGUAGACCUGGGAUCCAGCAGCUCAGAGUCCGACACGGACGAGGAGGACGAGCAGGAGGAUCAGGACGAUGUGGAAGUUGAGUUAGAGGUAGAGGAGCAACUUCCCGGCUCCUCAGACCUUGGAGGGGUUCCCUGGAAGGAGGCUGUACAGCUCCACGCUAAACUUAGGGGUGACGCCGGCGAGGAUGAGGCUCUGGCUGAGCUUGAUGAAGACGACGAAGAAGAUGAAGAUGAUGAUGAGUCAAGUGAAGAGGGUGAUUACUGCCCAUGGGACAGGGAGCUCCAGUCAGGCCUUUGGCUGGAGAAGUACCUCACAGAUGAAGACCAUGUUGGUACUUUUAAAGCCAAAAACCUACAAAUUCAACAACUCCUGCAGCCUUUGGAUCCUCUUGAAAUUCCAGGUGUAGGGGGAACAUGUCAGGACUCGGAAGGAGACAGGAGUGGCCAGCUGGCCUCAACCUCCCAGCCCAUUGAGCCCUCGCAGACCCUUUUCACAGCCCCUGUCCACACAUCUGCGCGGCACGAAGCAGUGCGAGUCUGGUUGGAGUCAAUGUCUGGAGAGCCCUGUGAAGAUGAUGAUUUGGAAGCAGAAGCAGAUAGUCCCGAUAUAGAGCCUGGGACUGAAAUGGAUCAAGAUGACAUCCCCUCUGAUGCUGAAGCUGAGGCUCGUUUGAACCCAUCAGUGCACACUGAAGCUGUUCCACAGGAGGACAAUAUAUCUGACAGUCUGGCAAUGCCUUCAAAUAUUGAACCACCCAGCACUGAACCCAUGCAAAAAGAAGAUAAUGCCGUCUUAUCUCCGGUCGUACCUUCACCAGAGCCUGACAAACGGGCGAAGUCUCCAGAAUGCUCUUUCCCAGAACCAGUGGUUUCUGAGGAACCAAAAGUUGAAAGGAUAACACCUUCACCAAUGUCCAAGAGCCCGGUGUUUCCUUUACUUACAUCUGUCCUUGAUCCUUCCCCUUUCACCUCUCCAACGGUUCCCUCUGUCAAUGUCCCUGUUUCACCCCUCAACAUUGGCUCUCCGGUCAGUCCAACUGUCAAGAGCCCCAUAAGAUCCCCUGUAAUAACCCCUGUUGGAUCCCCCAUCCGCUCCCAGCCCACCCCACUACCAGAGACAUGCACACCUACGUCACCCAUCUACCCUCAUCGAUCAAUUUGCCCUCUCACAGGCAACCUACUUUCCCCAAUUUGUGCCCAGCCUUUGCCCUGCCAGGAACCUUCAUCACCGCAGGCCUCCGAUUCUCCAGUCAGAUCCCAGCCUAUCCCAAAUGUUACUUCAACACCGAUGGCCAGAACUGACAAAGCUUCACCUGACCAUUCACAGUCUGAGGACCUUUCUACUGAUGAAUCUUUGUCAAAAAAGACUGAUAUCAUUGAGGAAUUUUGGUUAAAGAGUGCAGAGAUCCGAAAAAGUCUUGGUCUGUCGCCUUUAGAGCGCAGUAGUAAACUAUUUGAGAAGAGUGAUGUAAAAACGCCAAUACAAGACUCCAGCCCUGCCAAGACCCAGUCUCCUGAAGUGUUAGAGGACCCGAAACCUGCUUUAACUGGGCGUACUGUGAUUCGCAGACUCAACAUCACUCUUGAGGGUCAAGUCAUUACUCCAAUUGCUCCUGUGGAAGACUCUGAAAAGAAAGAACUCAGCCGCAGCUCAGGCGAUGACCUAAAUGAGAGUAUGGCCACAAGUCAAACGGUAAACAGUGACAGCUGUAACACCUCUGACUCCAUCAUGCUGACCCCACCCUCCAGUCCACCACCUCCUGUGCCUGCUAAUCAGUCCCCUGCGAUAUUCAGGCAGCAAAAACAUCAGGUCUCUUGGUGCAAUGGGACAGAAAAUCAGCCACACGAGCAUGCCAAAGAACUACCAAAAGCAAAGACUCCUGUUCCUGCACAGCGAACCCAACUGAGUCCAGUAUCGGCACCUAAACCUGCAACCAGGAAAGUGCUUAUACCACCAGCAGACUUAAUAGAAACCCCAGUUGUUAUCAUGAGGGAGAAAAAGAAGCCACGCUCGGAGGAGUUGAGGAAGUCUUUUGUAGAGACAGUGGAAGAGAUUCCAUUCGCUGAUGAUGUGGAAGAGAACUUUGAUGAGCGGACACCAGAAACCAGCAUGAAUAAAUUCUACACACCACCUACUAGCAGGGCCAGAGACAAACCUCCUUUGCAUCUGGCUUUAGCCAUGGAAAAUGGUAAACCUAAUAUCCCUGUCAACUCCGUCUCUAAGACACAGCGGGCCACUCAGUUCUCUCCAGAGGCCAAAGAGAUUGCUGAGGAGAGGAUGAGAGCAAGAGAAAAGUCCAUCAAGAGCCAAGCUCUCAAAGACGCAAUGGCCAAGCAGCUAAAUAAAAUGAAAGAGUCAAACGUAGAAGAGGGUGGCUCAACAAAAGUGGCUUGGAGUGCUACCCCAGAGGUUGUCGGGAAAAGUAAGAAGUCUUCAGUAUCUCCAAAGACAUCUGCAGUAAAAGCUCUGGAAUCAAAGAAGGCUGAGACUCUACCCGAGCGUCUCUUCAGUAGCAACAGGAGUCUGGACAGCUCUGUGGCGUCCUCUGACAGCUCGUCCACGAGUAAGAGCAAGAAACGAAGUUCACUUUUUUCACCUCGCAAAAACAAAAAGGAGAAGAAGACCAAGAACGACAGCAGCCGACCCUCUGUGACAGACGAGACACAACCCAAACACAAAUCUUUGUGGAAGGCUGUCUUCUCAGGGUACAAGAAAGACAAAAAAAAGAAAGACGACAAAUCAUGUCCCAGUACACCAUCAUCCAGCUCCACCACGCAGGACUCUGGAAAGAAGAGAGCCUCGCCUCUUGGAAAGUCAUCAGACAUGAAGACCCGCAGAAACUUGAGCUUUUCUGAGGAUUCAGAUCUGUCCUGUGACGACGUACUGGAGAGAUCAUCCCAGAAAUCAAAGGCAGAUCGACACACAGACAUCUUUGACCUAGUAUCAGGCAUGCAGAUGGAGGCAUUGAAGGAGGAGAAACUGGACAAGGAGAGGAGGAGGGAAUUCAAAGAAAAGAAAAGAGUGAAAGAAAUGCAUAAACAAAGAGAACGGGAAAAAGAGUGUGAUCGUGAAAAGGGAAAAGACGAUGAGGAGUCUGUUUAUGUCCCUCAUGCACUGGCGUUCAAGAGAUCGUAUGCCUCAAAGAAAACCUACACAGAGGAAGAGCUCAACGCCAAGCUGACACGUAGAGUCCAGAAAGCUGCUCGACGACAAGCCAAGCAAGAAGAACUCAAGAGGUUGCACCGUGCCCAGAUUAUCCAGAGGCAGUUGGAGCAGGUGGAGGAGAAGCAGAGGCAGCUGGAGGAGAAAGGCGUUGCUGUGGAGAAGGCAUUGCGAGGGGAAGCAGGAUUGUACAAAGGUACUUAUACAUUACCCAAACAGCACAAAAGAAGAUCAGACUAUUGGGGAGAUUCUAAUUACAGUGAAAUCCUGGACUUGCAUCUGGGCGUCCCCCGCUCUCUUUCCCCCUGUCUUGUGGAAGUUGAGCCCUUUGUGGGGACGCAACGUCGGAGACCUCUCCCCUUCUGCCUCUGCUGUUCCCCUGAAGGCAUGGGCAAGAAGGAUGAUCCCAAACUAAUGCAGGAGUGGUUCAAGCUAGUUCAGGAGAAGAACGCCUUGGUCCGCUAUGAAUCAGAGCUCAUGAUAUUCGCCAGAGAAUUGGAGCUCGAGGACCGACAGAGUCGACUGCAGCAGGAACUCAGGGAGCGAAUGGCUGUGGAAGACCACCUGAAGACUGAGAAGGAGCUUGCACAGGAGAAGCAGAUCUUAAACGAGAUGCUGGAUGUUGUGGAGCAGCGUGAUGCCCUGGUGGCCCUCCUGGAAGAGCAAAGGCUUCGAGAGAAGGAGGAAGACAAGGACCUGGAGGCUGUGAUGCUCUCCAAAGGCUUCAACCUCAAUUGGGUUUAAUUAGAGUCAACUAAUUGCCCGCAAUGAGCUUGUGUAAGGUCUUCUUUGAUCCGUUGAUCUGAAACCUUCUCAUCUGCAGCAGUGUACAGUUUGCCAAUACGCAAACACAACAUUCGUUGCUGCUGAUAUCCUGGUUGAGGUUCCCUUCAGCGUUCACGCAUCCUCAGCCUACAGGCGGUCCCGGUUAAUCACUUCGCAGGUUUGUGCUGGCUCCGUGGGUGGAGCGACAGUUUGUUCACAACUUUAUCAUCACAGCCUUGAAGUGCUGGCACCUUUGGGAGCAUGUUUAAAGACUUGUCUGAUUCAAAAUGUUCUAAAGGGAACCUUGCAGUUUGGUCCUGCUGAUGUAAAGGAUUUUUUUUUUGUAAAUAGUUGUGUAGAAGCAGCCACAUUUUACAGAAAAUCCUGUCUUUUCUGAAAACAUACAAGACCGCAGGAAGACGGCCUUUCUACCCACUGACGUCUUCAUCCCGGUCAUCCAAAAACACAACUGACCGCUAAUAAUCAGUUUCAUGUAUUUGUUAGCGUCUUUGUUGCUUUUGUCAGAUCUGCAUUUAUCUGUUGCAUUCACACAGUAGUGCCCACGAUGUCUUGCAUUUGCACUUGUGCGUGAGCCACAGACACACACAAUCUAUAAGCCAUUGUAUGUAAAGUAACCCGUGAAGACUGCGGCCGUGAUCCGUCACAGGCGUUUUGUUGGUUCAUGAAUGCAAAGACACAAAAUACGGACGUCAUACAAAGCCCACUUGCCACUUUACGAGAUGCACAGAGGACGUGUAAUGAUUCACCAUCCUUUUUAUGAUUUUGUUAUAAAGUCCCUGCAAAGCAAUGAAAGGACUAUACAGGAUUUGACCAUGGCCCGUCACGUUUGCUAACAGCCUUAUUAAUUUUUAAAGAUCAAAGUGAUGCAUGUUGACUUGUCAGCCCUGUAAAAGUCCAUAGGAAAGUUUGUCAUCGUAAAGGAUAAGGUAGUUCAAAGGUCAAAUCAGUCAACCAGUCUUCCACCGAUGUCAGGAGCCUAAAUCAAAUCAUUGUGAUCUAGAAUGCUUGAUGUAGCCAUUGAUAUUUAUAUUUCUUUAUCUUCCAAAUGAUUGGCAGGCCGACACAUGCUUGUUUGCCUUGGUUUUUAGAUUUUUUGUCGUAUUUAUUGUUAACCUGCCAUCCUUUUAUUGCGCCCCAUUUAAGAGACUAAGGGCCUGAUCUGUUAAGAUCCAAAUAACGUGCUAAAUUGUGUGUGCAACCUAUACAAAUAGUGUGUGCUAUUAGUUAUCUAUUAGGACUGCGUGUACAAAUAAUGUGCAAAAGUGGUGCACACCACCUCAUUUAAAUGAGGAUUUGCAUGUAUGCCCACUGUCACAUUGAAACACUCAUUUCCCUCCACAUUUAUGGCAUCAAAUGGUCCAACAUGUUGCAUUGCACACAAAUGUAAUAAUUAUCCACAUUUUCUAGGCCAUUUUGAAGCACAAUCUCGUCAACAAAACCUAGUAGGUGCGCUCUAUUAGAUGACACGGUGUUGUGAUGGUGUGUCCGGAUGCAUGAUAAUGCAUAUUGCAAAUAGAGAUAUAUUAAUAUAUAUUUUAUAUGAUUUAAAAAAAAUAACACCAAAGAAAAAAAGGCAAAACAAAUCAUUUGAUUUUUUUUUAUCAGCCCUUUAAGUCAUUCAGCAGCUCUAAAAUUCCAUUGCGUAGACAAUAAGGCUCCAUUUUAUUCAUGACAGUCUGAAUAUGUUGACACAUGCACAUAGGUCUGUCUUCGCAAGCACGAUCGCCUCCUUUCGCACAGCCAUUAUUUGUGUGUAACUGCUAGUUUUAUGCACACUUAAAAUGUGCUAUAUAUAGACAAAACGACGACUGCUGAACAGUUUCUGUCUUGAUGAAUAACGUUGCAAAUGCUAAAUGAUUAUAUUUGCAUCUCCUCCCAGUUUUGUGCGCAUUCUAACGUUCAGCAUAAAGACAUGCACGCUAAGUAGAUUUACUUUGCUCACAAUCCUGCAAGCAGAUGAGUUUUACAUGCGCUAUCAAGUUUGCACAUGUUUUAAUACAUACAAACCUUUUAAAAGAUCAGGCCCUAUCUCGUCCAUGUCUGCAGCAGAGCACAAUUCACAAUUUUUUUUAUUUAAAAUUGUGUUAAAAUUUCAUUUGAGCUGAACAAACUUUCAUAACACAACAUGAAACCAAUUGGAUGGUUUAUUAUUAUGUUCCUCUUUAAAAUACAUUUUAACAGCAAAGUUACUGCCUCCAAACAUGGAAGAUUAUAAUAGUCUUUAUUGAUUUGAUGUGUUUAGCAUUGCUACCUCACGGUUAAGGGGUAAAAAAAAAAAAAAAAAUCACAUUUGACCUUUCUUUGUUUGCGUGUACUUGUGUGUGGGUUUCAUUGUUGGUGUAAAAAGUUGUGUUUUUCUGCUACUGGGAUUAACACUACUACUUACCAACAUCAGAAAAGGGUGUUUGAUUGUACACGUUUAUUUGUAUUUACAUGUAAGGGAAAAUUGUACACAUUUGUAUGUAUUUACAUGUAAGGGAAACUAGCAAAAGACCCACCUUGAGAUUCAUUGACAGUAUCACACUGUUCGCUUAUGUUUACAAAUGCAUAUCCAUAUUCACUCUUGUAUCGUCAUGGUAACGUGACUGUUGCACAUUUCAACACACUUCAAAAAAAUGCCUUUUCGUUUAUACUGUCCCUCUUUUUGCUUGAGUCUGUCUCUCACUGGACGCGACGAUUUGUCCUUUUAUUUUUAUUUUCUAAAGGAAUGUUCUGGAGCAAAUGCUUUGGAAAUUUUGCAUCAAAUCCGAACAGAGUGAGGUGGACUUUUACCCAUAAAGAAAACAAACGCAAGUGGUCACUGUUUUACAGCGCCUACACUGUACAUUCUACAUGUAUGAGUUGGUAUUUGCUAUGAUUUGAAACACUCUAGGUUGUUGUGUGUGUGUGUGCGUGUGACAUGAUUGUAAUGAUAUUUAUUAACGUGUGAAAAGUGUAUUAUAUGUAAAGAAUGAGAAUCCUAAUUUUUAAACUUUGGUUGACACAUCUGUAAAUGCUUUGUGUAGCUUGAAAUGCAUAUAUGGGUGUUGUAUGUGUGCUGUAAACAGCAAUAAAACAAUGCAGUUUUUAA